AUGGCUCCCAAGACUCUUCGAUUUGCCAAAGAUCAGCCGGAAGGCUUUGUGAAUCGCAUCGAGAAAGUUGCCAUCGUCGGUGCUGCUGGUACCAUGGGAAAGUUUGUAACUCGGGAGCUAUUGAAAGGUGGAAAGCACUCGGUCACCGCAAUUACCCGACAUGACAGCGAUUCCAAAUUACCCAGCGGCGUUAUUGCUGCCAAGGUCAACUACGACGACGAGAGCACGAUUGUGGAGGCUCUAAGGGGACAGCAAUACUUGAUCAUCACAAUGAAGUCCACCGUCGGCCAGGAGACCCAAAAUAAGCUUGUACGGGCUGCGGCCAAAGCUGGCGUCCCUUACGUCAUGCCGAACGCGUGGGGUCCUGAUCCGAAGAAUGAAGACAUGAUGAAAGAUGCUCUUCUCGGUUCUUCUUUUCAAGGAGCCGUCAAAGAGAUUGAGCGCCUUGGGGUAAGCGAAUGGAUCAUCAUGUCUUGUGGAUUUUGGUACGAGUUCAGCGUGGCCGGCUCGCCUAACCGAUAUGGAUUUGACGUCAAAAACAAGUCACUCACCCUAUUCGAUGAGGGCGAUGUUAAGAUCAAUACUUCCACCUGGUCUCAGUGUGGCCGCGGACUGGCCGCUUUCUUGAGCCUCAAGUGGCUGCCUGAUAACAAGGAUGAUCAAUCUCCCAAUAUUCAGAACUGGGCCAACGAUGUGUUCUACGUCUCGAGCUUCUUGGUAUCUCAAAAAGAUAUGUUCGAAAGCAUGAAGAGGGUCACGAAUACAACAAAUGAGGACUGGAUCAUCAACCAUGAGAGCUCGAAAAAGAGGUGGGAAGCUGGCUACGAGGCACUGAGAUCAGGGGACAGAAAUGGGUUCUCGCGAAUGAUGUACUCGCGCAUUUUCUUCUCCGCGACUGACGGUGACGUCGAGCACAAGCAUGGUUUGGCCAAUAUGGACUUGAACCUCCCGGUGGAGAAUCUAGAUCAGGUCACUGCAGAGGCAGUAAAGAUGUGCAUCUCAGGAGAACUGGAUUCCUACUAA